AUGAAGAUGGAGCCGGGCCUGUCGGCCUCCCCCACGGACGGCCAGAGCCCCGACCCGGAGCCGGGCGGACCCGACUGGCCGGGGGCCGCCCCUACGCCCGCCGACCCCGCCCCGCGCCCGGGGCUGGGCCCGGGAGACCCCUCUGGCUUGAGCGCGGGGCGGGCUCCGGGGGCCUCCUACCUGCCGCCGAGUCAGGCCGCCUGCCUCGACCCCCUUCUCGACCCUGAUCGGCAGCUAACAGAACUCGGCCCACUUUUUUUCUGGACUGAAGAGGCAGAGGAUUAUGGUCCCCAAAGUUGCCCGGAGAGCGCGUCUCUCGACGCGCAGGAUUUUAGCGACAGCCACCACAGGAGGGGCGAGGUCGACUUCUUUCCUUCCUUACCCUCGCCCACGGUGGGUGAGUUGACACUGGAGGUGGGUCCCGGUGACGCCCACCGGCCCACCGAUUUAAGCCAGACCCGCUCCCUCGCGAGCGAGCCCGCGGGGUGUGCGGAGGACGGACCCCGCCUCCGAGCCGUAUUCGACGCCCUGGACGGGGAUGGGGACGGCUUCGUCCGCAUGGAGGACUUCGUCCAGUUCGCCACGGUCUACGGGGCAGAGCAGGUGAAGGACUUAACAAAAUACUUGGAUCCCAGUGGGCUCGGCGUGAUCAGUUUUGAAGACUUCUACCGAGGAAUCACCGCAAUCAGAAAUGGAGAUUCUGAUGGCCAGCGAUGCAGCAUUGUACCUGCCCAGGACGAGGAGCCGCAGGCCUGCCCUGAUGAGUUUGAGGACUUCGUUACCUUUGAGGCCAAUGAGGUGACAGACAGCGCAUACAUGGGCUCCGAGAGCACCUACAGCGAGUGUGAGACCUUCACCGACGAGGACACAAGCACCCUGGUGCAUCCUGAGCUGCAACCUGAAGGGGACAUGGACAGUGCGGGCGGCUCGGCCAUGCCCUCCGAGUGCCUGGAUGCCAUGGAGGAGCCUGGCCACGGUGCUCUGCUGCUGCUCCCAGGCAGAUCCCACCUGCACAACCAGUCUGUCGUCACGGUGAUAGGUGACGAGGAGCAUUUUGAGGAUUAUGGUGAGGGCUGUGAGGCAGAACUAUCCCCAGAGACCCUCUGCAGUGGGGAGCACAGCUGCAGAGACCCUGCUUUUCUCACUCCCAGCGCCGACCCGCUUGCCGCAAAGCUACACAGCAUCCUCACUGAUGAGGCCUUUGAGUUUUACUGUAGCCAGUGCCAUAAACAAAUCAACCGCCUAGAGGAUCUUUCUGCUCGUCUGAGUGAUCUUGAAAAGAAUAGUCCAACGAAACGGCUCUCCAGCAAGAAGGUGGCAAGGCACCUGCAUCAGUCAGGGGCCCUGACCAUGGAGGCCCUGCAGGACCCCCCCCCAGACCCCGUGGAGGGCAUGGAAGAGGACAUUGCGGACAAGGUUGUCUUCUUGGAGAAGCGGGUGUCAGAGCUGGAGAAGGACACUGCUGCCAAUGGGGAGCAACACAGCCGACUGAGGCAGGAAAAUCUCCAGCUGGUGCACAGAGCUAAUGCCCUUGAGGAGCAGUUGAAGGAGCAAGAGCUGAGAGCUUGCGAGAUGGUCCUGGAAGAGACACGGAAGCAGAAGGAGGUCUUGUGCAAGAUGGAAAGAGAGAAGAGCAUUGAGAUCGAGAACCUGCAGGCCAGGCUGCAGCAACUGGAUGAGGAGAACUGUGAGCUGAGGUCCUGCACGCCCUGUCUGAAGGCCAACAUCGAACGCCUGGAGGAGGAGAAGCAGAAGCUGCUGGAUGAAAUCGAAGAGCUGUCACUGAGGCUCAGUGAUGAACAGGAAAACAGGAGGAAGCUGGGGGACAGGCUGAGUCAUGAGAGACACCAAUUCCAGAAGGAUAAGGAGGCAACCCAGGAGCUAAUUGAGGACCUGCGAAAGCAGCUGGAGCACUUACAGCUCUUCAAACUGGAGGCGGAGCAGAGGAGGGGCCGGAGCAGCAGUGUAGGCCUGCAGGAGUACAAUAGCCGCACCCGGGAGAGCGAGCUGGAGCAGGAGGUCCGCAGGCUGAAGCAGGAUAACCGUAACCUGAAGGAGCAGAAUGAUGAACUCAAUGGACAGAUCAUAAACCUGAGCAUCCAGGGCGCCAAGAACCUCUUCUCCACAUCCUUCUCUGAGUCUCUGGCUGCAGAGAUCAGCUCAGUUUCCCGCGAUGAGCUCAUGGAAGCGAUUCAAAAGCAGGAAGAGAUCAACUUCCGCCUGCAGGACUACAUUGACAGGAUCAUCGUGGCCAUCAUGGAGACUAACCCAUCCAUCCUGGAGGUCAAAUAGAAGCAGGCAAGCCCAGCCCAGGGUGAUUCUGGACUCCACCAACAUCCCAGAGAUGGCCAUGGCACACAUGGGCCAAGAAUAACAGGUCCCAUGCCCACCAAGCCCAGAGCACACAGAUGAGCUGGGGCACAUAAAGAUGGGGUGGUGGAAGAGGGGAAAGGAAAGGGAAGCCCUAGGUCUACAGCCCACAGCAAGUGCAAUUGGAAUUGGGCUUGCUCUCAGCUCUGGCCUUCCUCUGCCCUCCUCCUCUCUGCAGAGAUGUGGGGACAGUUUCUCAGGCUGAGAUAAGCCCCUCCAUGAGCUCCCUUCUGCUGUCCUGCCCUUUUAGGGGAGAAAGGAAGGAAAUGGGUUCCCACCUGUGGUGCAGCCAUCUAUGUCCACACAGGCACCCUGACCUGGUGCCAUUCAAGUCUCAGCCACUCCUGGAUAAUCUAGAGGCUCCAGGACCCUCGCACCAGAUGUGGUGGUAUGUGAAAGAAAAACAGGCAGUGAAGCCGGUGCAAGUCAGGGUCUGACCCUAUAGAAGCUGCAGGGACCCCCUCUUCCCACAAGCUUUUCUGGGGCUGUCACCCAGAGCUGCUCAGGCCAUCACCCAGCCAGAAGGGGCAUCUCAAUCCAGCUUAAGGCCCAGGGGCCUCUGGCCAUGUGUCUGUUCCCACAGUUGGACCCUAACUACAAUAACCUUUGGGAGCUCUGAUCCUCCUGCAGGAUCUGGGGCAGGGGCCUCUGCUCUGAAAUCAGACUUGAGAGUCUAUGGUGUGCAAUAUACUGUCUGAUGUGGUGGACAUUGCCAGCAUCCCCUGACUCCUGGGGUCCAGACAGGGCCGUUGUAAGGUGCUGCCUCCCCAUGGGUGUGGCCUUCCUGUCCUCCUGGAUUACCCAACUCCCUGUGCAGACCUUGGCUGCCUCGGGUGAAGUCCCACUUUAUGAGGCCAGAGUCCAUAUGUUUCUUCCCUGAAGUCAUUAGAAGUCAUCAUUCUUUCCCAGGUGCAUUCUGCAAGAGGCCGGGCAGGGCAGGCUCUCCAAGGACACAGAUCAAGGGCAGAGAACAAGGACUUCCUGGCGGAUUGGGGGUUCCUUUAAGGAAACCCUUGCCCCGCUUUAUGCUGCCACUGUCCAUCACCUGUGCUACCAGGAGCAGCAGUGUCACCCCCAUGGGGAUGUUGGGCCUGUUGCCCACGUUAGCCUGAGCACUGGCCAGGAGCCUCCAACUGCUCCCAGGUGGGCCAAGACCCAUGCACAAACUGGCUACUGUUGUAUGCAACUGAGUAUGGGAGGUGUAUGCAUGUGUGUGUGCGUGUAAGCAUGUGUGUUGCCCUGCAUCCCUCCAUCCUCCACAUGGUCCACCUUCUACACUAAGACUUAAGAUUUUGCCUCGUAUUGUAUAUUUUGGGGAAAGCCUUGGAUGUAAAUCAGUGUAAACUUGGAGGAGAGAUUUUUCUAUCUUGUAGAGUAGGUAUUUUUUAUAGAUUGAAGGUUGAUCAAUUUUUUUAAAUACUUACAAGAGAGAAAACUAUCUGUGUAU